GAGCGACCUCCUCCCGGAAGUGUGCUCCAUCAUCUAGUACGAUAGCCACUCUGCCGUGUGGGGCGGUCGGCGGAGCGUCUGGUGAGAUCUUCGUUUUAUCAGUUGGUGUAAAAUCUCCCAAUAUUUUGGCAUGUAGGUGUGGGAUACAGACGGAGUGACCAUGCAGAUCCUGACUCCUCAUGUUUACUGGGCUCAGCGUCACGGAGAGAUUUACCUCCGGGUGGAACUGAGCGAUGCCAAGAACCUUGACAUCAGACUUCAGGAAAACAACACACUUCAGUUCAGAGCACAGGGCCACGGAGCCAAAGGAGAUAAUGAAUACAAGUUCAAUUUGGAAUUCCUGGAACCUGUCAGACCUGAGAUUGAACACAAGUCCACCCAGCGUCAGGUGGACAUCAAGAUCAAGAAGCAGGAGGAGCGCUGGUGGGACCGGCUGACACUGCAGGAGAAGAAGCCUCUGUUUCUGGCUCCUGACUUCGACCGCUGGUUGGACGAGUCAGAUGCUGAGAUGGAACUUCAGGCGAAGGAGGAGGAGAAGAUAAGCAAGAUAAGUGUGGAGUCGAGAGUUCGUAAAGACCCCUACCUUGGUCUGAAGAAAGGCUACCUGUUCAUGUACAACCUUGUGCAGUUCCUUGGAUUCUCCUGGAUCUUUGUCAACAUGACUGUUCGACUCUUCAUUCUUGGUCAAGAUUCGUUCUAUGAUACCUUCCACACCACAGCUGAUAUGAUGUAUUUCUGUCAGAUGAUGGCUGUGCUCGAGGUCAUUAAUCCCCUGUUGGGUCUGGUGAAGACUGGAUUUUUUCCUGCUAUGAUACAGGUCACAGGGAGGAAUGUCAUUCUGUUUGUUAUCUUCGGCAGCCUGGAGGAGAUGCAGAACAAACCUGUCGUCUUCUUCGUCUUCUACCUGUGGAGCACCAUUGAGAUCUUCAGGUACCCUUUCUACAUGCUGGCCUGCAUCGGCACGGACUGGAAGCUGUUAACGUGGCUGAGAUACAGCCUCUGGAUCCCUCUGUACCCGCUGGGGGUUGUAGCUGAAGCGGUGGCUGUGAUCCAGUCCCUGCCCAUCUUUGAUGAGACCCGUCUGUUCAGCCUCCCCCUUCCCGCGGUGCUGGGACACUCUUUGAGCUUCUCCUACACUCUGCAGCUCUACCUGGUCAUCAUGUUUCUGGGACUCUUCAUCAAUUUCCGACACCUGUACAAGCAGAGGAGGAGACGAUACCGCUCGAGGAAAAGGAAAGUCCACUAACUGACACACACACACUCCCUGAACUACCAUCCUUUUAAAGAUAAAACAGCUGUUUUCUUUUCCUCUUAUUGCCUUUUCUCAUCUUCUCCACACACACUCACACACACACACACACACACACGAUCACACUGACCUACUGGUGGGGUACUGCUCACUUUUUUUUCCUUCCACUGGGUGAACUGUUAACCUUCUGCAGACCAAAUCCUGUAAAUCCUACUGUACCAGCGUGACAACUCACUGUUGAACAAACGUCACCUGAAAACACUGUAGAGGUUGAUCCAGUGCUACUGUGGGUAUAAGUUGUUAACAUGUUUAUUCUCUUAAAAAUGUCAAUAUUUAUCAAAAUUGUCUUGAUAAAUAUGGACUUCUGUCUGAAGUCUCUAGGGUUGCACACAUAUUCUGUUUUUCUAUGUUGAUUUCCUUGUUGGGGAUGCAAGAGAAGUGUUUCCCACAAUGUUGAUAUUUUCAACAAACCCUUUGCAUUAUGUAUUCAUGAAAAUGUGGAUAGUUUAUCAUUGAAAAAACAAAAGUCAUAGUACAUGUUGGGUAGAAGAACCAUUUAGGAGCUGUUCUAUGGACAAAAUGAUUACAACAGGUUUGUCACCAUUGCUUAAUUUGUUCAUUAUUUAGAAAAUCAUGUCCUUGUUGUUUAAAAAAGAAUAUUGUUUCCUUCAAAACGGAUAUUUACAAUCUUUUUAUGGUGCUAUGUAUUUAUUUUUUUAAUUUUGUUUUUACAUUUAUUCUGCUAAAGUCAACAUAUCAUCACCUUUAUGUUUUUGUUGCUUGUUUGUGGCAGCCAAUACAGUUUUGAUAGUGCCUCUGUUGCAUGUGUUCAAGGAUGCUUGAGUUUUCUGGAGCAUCUUAAUACAAGAGACAAGCAAAUUCAUAUGGUUAUCUCCUUUUAUACCUUUUUUUUUUUGCUGGGUCUCAAAAAAAAAGUCUCAACAAGUUAAUUUUUAACUUAUAGAUUCUUGAUAAAGCAGAUGGGAGUGAUGCACAUUUUACUCAAGUUAAUAACCUGAAAAACUUCUGUUAAUAGUUCUUGUAUUGACAUAGAAAUUAUUUCAGAUGGUUUUGCAUGAAAGCACAGCAGCUCUGAAAUAUUAACUUUUUAAAAUUACUUUAUUUUAUUAUUUAUUAAUACUUCAUUUUAAAAUUUAGAUGUUUGUUGGUUUCAGAAGUGCAUUCCUAACACUGAGCCUCGGAUGAAGGUGUCAGUCAUUCACUGUUUUGAAUAUUUACAAAGCCAUGCAAAUUAAUGUAGUGUGAAAUAUUUUAGCUUUUUUUCACAACCCUUCAUAAAGGCCAAUACAUACUUAUACCUCAUGACCUAAUUUUGUUUUUUUUCCGGCAAAACUCUGUUCUUGUUUAAAGCUGCGAGAGGAACAGGGCUGAAGUUGAUGAGAUAUAAACUGUGACCUAAUGAAGUACAUACCUUAAAAUCCUGUGAUGUGAAAUUGGUCUGUGAUGCUUCAUGACAGAGGGAGAUUUAAAGAGAAAUUUAACACCAGGCUGUAAAGCAGCGAGCAUCACUAAAGGACAAGGUCAGAAAUGGGAUUUAUUGGCACCUGUGACCUCACCCAACAGUGAUGUCACAUGGUCCUGCAAUACACCUGUACAUAACCGUAGCAAGGUGAGACACCAAAUGACGAAAGGCAAACAACAGCAAGAUACUGAGCGGGGGGUUAAGGACCUCUUUAAUGCUAGUGGAGCUGUAGAAACAUCACAAUUCACAGGUCUUGAUUUGUUAACUCUGUUUACACUUUUACCUAGGAUGUUUUGUUUGUGUACUUUUGUGCUGAAAGAAUACAUAGUAGAAAAGGAGAAAGUGCAAAGACGGGUGAAGAGUGCAGACAAACGCUUGAAAGAAACCACUAGAAUUUUAAAAUGUAGUUUGGUGCUCCCUGGUGGUAGUAUGAAAGACAGCAAUGCAUGCCACCGUGGUUGAGAGCCAGGGUUGGAAAGCAAUACUCACAAAGCCUGUUUCAUUUUUGUUACUACAAAUUAAAAUUUACCGUACAAUGAGAAGAAUUUGUAGAUGCUCUUCUCACUUAACAGUGUACACCAAGUUGUUUUGAAAAGAGCAGUUUUCUGACAAACAGUACGGACAUAAUGACUCUACAGUGUCUUGUCUAGUAAUGAGUGAAUUUUACUUGGUACGUACCAAGAUAUGAAUCGUCAGACAGAUUUGUGAGUCAUCAGUUCUGUACUAUUGGAAAAAAUAUUUCAGGAUUGUUUAAUGUCCAUAUGAACAGUCUACACCAUGUUCUCAUUAUUUUAACCACAGUCUGGGCAUGAAUUCAAAAUCUGAGUGGCUUGAUUUUUUUUUUCUUUUGUCAUUACCAAUCUGUUCACCACUGAGCCUUUACUUUAGUUGUUUAUGUUUAUUUGUGUGUUCUGCAGUUGUUGCUUGUAAUUUAUUUCCUGUUAAUCUUUGUAAGUGUGUCUCUUUGGGAGGAUGUGUAGUGGACACACAGCCUGACACAGAGACACUCAUUAACUCGUUUGGUUAUAAGUCACAGUUAUGGUUUCCCGACAAACAAAUAAUAAACAUCAGAGUUCCUA